AUGGCCAGCUGUGGGUUAAUGUAUGUACCUGACAUUCCUGCAUUCGCACCUGGCUGUGUCUGGAGAAGGACUGGGAUCAUGGAGCGUCUCUUGGAGUCUGAGUGGGAGGACCUGGAGCGGAAACUCCUUGUCUGUAAUAUAACAAUGCCAUGAUGUCGAGGCAGGAGACUAAACAUGGAUAAUGUGUGCAGUCUAUGUUAACCCCUGCACUGCAGGCAGGAGUCUAAUCACUGAUAAUAUGCAGGUUUCCUGGCAUGAUUAUAACACAUCCCUGUACCCCUUGUUAACCUUUGCAGUGUGGGCAGUUGUUUAAACACUAACCGGUGCUGUAUGUAGACUAAUGCAUGCAGUCUGUGUCCCUUGCUGUGUUUUAGAAGUGAUUAGAGCAUUCAGGGAUAAUGAAGUGGUGAUAAGAGAUUUUACAGUUUUGUGGGAGCCGCAAAGACGUAGUUACCCGGCGGAUUGGUGCUGCUGUCUGAUACAUCACUACACAUAUAUUGAGUUUCUAGAAUAAGUCCUGUUUGUAAAUAUUUACAGGCCUGCGACGAGCUUUAGAUGAGUGCAAUAAAUGAUAUAAUGUAGGUUCUGCAUCCAAUGCCGCUUAUUCUUUGAUUUGUUGCACGCGUAGAGACGUAUGUAAUUAACGUAAACAUUUGCAGGUUAAUUACUAAACUCCAAAUUUAUUAUACCUUUUUAAUACAGGCCUGCCAAGGUAUCUAGCAAUUCACCAGAUAUCCAGCUCUUAAGGAGUUAAAAAAGGAAGGGAAUGCUCUUAGGAUUCUACUGAAGAAUGCGAUUAAAUGUUCUGUAAUACAGAGCUAGGUAUACUGCAUUAAAUAAGAAGGGUCCGUCAUUUAUAAUAAAAUGUGUCCAAAUAAAGUGUUUUUUAUGAGUAAAAGCAGAUUUGUGACCUAAUGUUACAUUGUGUUAAUGGCGAGCUAGUUCCUGACUAGUUAAUAUAAAGAUCUGCUGCUGUUGGUGGGAUCCACACUCUAGCAGUGCAGGAGUUAAACCCACCCCAGUAUAAGGAGUAAUAGUGUAUUGCCAGUGAUGGGGAUCACUGUUUUCCCUUUAGAAUUUCAGCCUCUAAUCAGCGGUUUGGUAUGGUAGGAAUGUCCUGUGUGUAUCAGUCAGGAGCCCCUCCCAGUCUGAGCGACUGCACGGGAUCCCCAAGAUAAGCUGCCCCCCCUUUCCCUGUACCAGUGUGAUCCCACACUAUUAUUUUCACAUCUUAACCGAAAAUAAACUUUAAUCAAAACCCUUUUCGUAUGUGAAUACGGGGUGAAAGGACGAACUUUCGAAGACAUUAGGAAUGUGGAUAGAAGCUUUACAUUCGAAAAUCACUUUGAAUUGCGAAAAUUCUCACGUUGGCGAAUAACCCUGUAUGUUAAAUUUCUAGAUGCAUUCCAGCCAAACGUGCUCAUGUUUACUUGUAAUUCUUUGUAAUUCCAACAUUUUAUACAUGGGGAAUAUGUAGAUGUUCUACAAAUCGAUUUAUCUCCCAGGCAGAAUAGGCAUCCUUGGGGCAACAGAUAUAGGUUUCUUUUGCCAAGUGGUGUUUGUGGGUCAUCAUAAGCUGGCUGUUGGACACAUUGUGAUGAUGGUGUGUACGUUCAAUAGAUUAAGUGACAUUCCAAGCUCCAGUUGAACCCACCAUCCCCCCACCCAGUAAUGCAUAACUAAAUACAAAUACAGUAGAAAAGCAGCCAUCUUUGCAUGCAGAACACAGACUUCUCAGUUUCCUGAAUCCUUUAUUUAUUGAUUGAUUGAUUGAAAUUUCUGUAAGUAGUUUCAUUCAUGAAACAAAAAGUAAAAUGAAGAAACAAAGACACAAUUUUAAUAGCAGUUGUCAGCUGGCUUGUAUUGGAUUGCCACAUAGUUUUAUUCCUGUAUGGGUAAACUUGUGAUCUUACAUGUGCAUGUAUGAAAGCUAUCUGGGUGCCAAUCAUACUAAGUGUAUGGUGUGUCUGAGAUUGCAAUUCCCUUUAUAUUCUUUUUGUCCUUAUUUUAUACAGUAUUUGUGAGUGGGGAGUCCUAAACUGGACUGCUUUUUAGAUUUAACUUUAUAGAAAUGAUGCAUUUUUUUUAUUUAGUCCUUUUACUCCAGCAAUACAUUUAUUUAUUUUGAAAGCGUACAUAGGACUAUCUAGCCAGCGGUAAGGUAUAUCUUUUAGGUAUACAGUAUGUAUAUUCUGUGAUACACUCAGAAUAGAAUACCCAUUGGAGUGACAGGGACAGUGUCAGUCUGUCUCUCCUCUCCAUUGUGCCUGUUUAUUGCCCUUUUCACAUGAGAUAUCUCGAAUGGCAUCUCCCUAUAUGUCUCCUCCUUCCGUCUGCCUCAUACGUUUUUUUAAACCUAGUAUACGUAGGAUCUACAGUUCAUAGCACACAAGUCUCAUUUUAAGCUCGUCUGAGCAGGGUCAUCAUCAACCUAUUGUUCUUGUCAAAAUCAUUUUUGUUCUUAAACUCCCCUUAAUAAUAUUGUAAAGUGUGUAGACUUUGUAUUACAAAUGGGCUUGUUGUAGCCCAAGACACAACUUACUUCUUUCACUCUGAAGUAAGAGGAGACCACUGCACCAACAUGUGGGAAAAAGUUGAUGUAGUCAGCCCAGACGAUGUCUGAGUGACGGCUCUAGAGCAUGUCCUCUUCCUAACAAUGAUUUUAUUUUUGAUUUCUUUAUUUAUUUUUACAGUUCGUUCCAAUCUCAGUCACUCUACUGAAAGUGUCUGCACUGUGUUGUAUUCACCAUAUACUUUGAAAUCAUGCAGAGUUAAGAUCAAUAGAUUGACCUUUAAUCUAGGCAUUCACUGAAUCCGUACUAAACUGCAUCUGAUCUAGUCAUCCAAAGGAUUUGUGAAUGAUUGGACCAUGUUAAAACGCCUCCACGCCGUCACGUUUAAUCUUUUGCACACCCCUACUAUUGCUGUUAAUCUAAAGGAGAGCUGAAACCCAAAUUUAAUUUCCAUUCCAUCGUCCUAUUCGUUACUCCGAAAUCAGAUUUCACCCUUUAUCAACAAGUUAUUAAAGGAACACUCCAACUGCCAUAACAACUUAAACUCGUUUAUCCGCAAACAGCAAUUUUAACUCAUCCUACGAUACAAAAUUGAUUGAUAGCUGGCUACAAUUGAACCAAUAUGAACAUUGUUUUUUUUCAGCCGUUUGAGUGCAGCGCAAAUGGCAACCACCUGGGCUCUUCAUAAAGGGUACCCAGAUCACUUUAUCGUAUUGAAGUGGUCUUGCUGCAGUGUCCCUGUUCCCUUACCCCUGCAAUGUUUACUGUUAGAAUAGAUCCGUGUGAAUUCAGUAAGUUUAAGGGUUUGAUAAACCUGCAAAAACACACAUUCUAUUCACAACUAUAAAUUGCUGAUUUUCUACUUGACCCUGGAGUUUUAAAAUUAGAAUAUGCAGAUUUGGUGAAACGCACCAGAUUUACUCUGGAUAUGCAUUUUCGUAAAUAUUACAAUUUGCACAUUGUACAUAAUUUUACUAAUCCGCUGUGCGUUUGGAACUUUGUGAAUAACUUCAAUAGUCUCUUAAAUAUGUCAUUUUAAAUCCUAUUCACGCCAAACAGAGGGUGAUUAAGAAUCUUAAAAUGCAUUGCUUGGGGGACAAAGGGCCAGAAGGUUUGGAAUUUUGGAAUCCUGCUUUGAGCCAGUGUUUUGAGUGAUGCAUAAAGUUAAAAAAAAAAAAAAAAAAAGGAACCAUUUGUUUGCGUGAGUUGUAUUUUGUCAUGGAAGUGGUUUUCUUUAAGGCGCAGUCUCCAGGUAUUUUUGCAUGUCUUUACACAGACUUUAAGCUUCCGGUCUCCCAGUAACACUGUGUACCUUUACACAAGCUGUGUUAACCUUGCUCGACUCCAGUCGCUGUUAUUUAUAUAUUCACGCAGACUGCUAAUCUGCUCAGCUUUAUGUCUUACCACUUGUAACAGCCCUUGGCAAAUCUGGCUUCUUAUUACAUAUCACUUAAUUAACAUUAACUUAAUUGUGAAUAAAUAUUGACCGUACAUGUUCUGUGAUCUUCUUUUCAUAUUUCCAAGUCUACCUUGCCUUGCAUGACCCUUGUACUCUACACGUAUGAGCUCAGCGGGGUGGCUGGUAUAAGCUCUCAUUAGUUUGAAGAAGUGCCAGUUAAGCGCGGGACACUGUAGGCUUGUAACCUAUGUACUUCACGAUACUCGGCUGGCUCAGCUUUAUGGGAAUUGUAGUUUAUAAAGCUUGGCUGGCUGAGCUUUAUGGGAAUUGUAGCUUAUAAACUACAAACCUUUUGUGGAAAAUAUAAUUCACACAUAUUUUGGGUGCCAAUGUAAGCCAUCGCUAGUCUGUGGAGGGGGUGCAAUGUAGUAAAGACCCUGUUAAAUGGGGAAUUGAUAGUUUAAGCAUUUACUGUUGCAUACAGUUAGAGAAUAUCGCCUGCUAAAUUACUUUCUAUAGAACAAGAAGCAGUUUAGAUCUGGAAGGAAAAUUCUCCCUGUAGGUCACACAUAUUGUCUACAGUAUACAUUGCCUACCAAGUAAUGUUUAUGUGCUUUGUAUUGCUCGUUCCCCUAGCAUACAUAUUCCCAUCAGAUACUGCACCUUCACCUUUGUUUAAUUCUGCCUCACCUCCUUUUAGACUGAAAGCCUCACCUCCUUUUAGACGGGGCCCUCAUCGCCUCCUCUUCCUGUAUGUCAAACUGGUUUCGUAAUGAUUACCUGUUUGGGUCUGUUUACCAAUUGUACAGCACUGUGGAAUAUUUUGGUAAUGUUUGCCGGGCUUUCUAUGGGAUCUUAAACAAACAGAUUUAACCCACUGACACUUUUCAGAAAUGUUUUAUAUUGAAUUAUUUAUUUAUAAUAUUUUAGUUAUUGUCCUAUUUCAUCAGGGGGGGGGGGAGGGGGGAGAACCUUCAUUCAUAUAUUUUCUUAACACAUGGCAGAUACAUGUAAAUAUCUGUGCCACAAAACUGGUUAUUUGUAUCAGCUGCUCUAGGGAAGAUAUGUGAUAGAUGAUCAUUGUAUGUAUCAUUUAAUUAUAGCACAGAAUAUAAAUAGGAAAUCCUGAUCCGUCUACGAGGAGGGUUUUCCUACGUGUUCAAACUGACACACACAACCAAUUCUUUAUAUCUCAAAAUAGCUAAAUGGGAGUUCCUACAUGGUUUUAUAAACAUCACUAAUUGACUUGGUUUCCUGUACGGCACAGGUAAAACCACUUAGGUUUUUUACAUUUAUUUCUUUUUUUUAAACGGGUCAUUCCAAAACACAUUUCUUUAGGAGAAAUGUACUGUAACUUGCAUGUUUCAAAAGUUUUAAUAUCUAAGCUGGUGGACAAUCAAGCCACUAUGGAAGCACCCAUUCAGUGAAAAAUAAAAUAAAGAUCCACUUGUUUUUUUAACCUUCUUGAGUGCCAGAGCUCUGUGUUGGCUUUUCUAUGUGUUGUGCACACAGGUGGCAGCAGAAGCAUUAAGUAACCCCCGUGUGCAUCUUUACGUCGGCAUUCUGAGGGUUACAUAGAUAAGGCCUGUUUAGUGAUUUAAUAUAUUUAACACUCUCUCUGCCUUGCUUGUUUUCGGCGAGUUGCUAAUAAAGCAAUCUGUUUCUCUGUUAAAGCAAUGCAUGUCGAAACCUGCCCUUUAAAUGUUUUAUGAUAAUUGAUCUUUUUUUCUUUCUUUUUGCAGUGUUGUGUGCGAAAAAUCUUGUGAAGAAGGAUUUUUUCAGUGAGUAUUGCCUUUGAUUGUACGAUUCUCUCCAUGUUUGUUGCCGGGAGAGGGGGGAGAGUUUAGCCAAGAGUUUAAUGUAUUUGUUGGAUAAUUAGACAGCAUGUCCUUGUGCAUGGCAUGAAACAAUGCAUACUUGUAAUUCUGUCUCUCUGCAUGGAAUGCUGGUAAUAUCAUCUAGCUUGCAAAUGUGUUGCUGAUAAGGGGGGGUUGUUCUGCCGGUACAGAUGCCUUACCUCUCAUUGUUCUCUUAUACCCACUGUAGGGCUACCAGACCCUUUUGCGAAGGUCGUGGUUGACGGGUCUGGGCAAUGUCACUCCACAGACACCGUGAAGAAUACCCUGGACCCAAAAUGGAACCAGCAUUAUGAUUUGUAAGUGAAAUAUGGACUGGAAGGCAGAGGUGGGGGGAGACUACAUGUUUUAUUUUUGCCAUUGAAACAAACAAAUGUAAUAUGAUUAAAGGAGAGCAGUGUUCAUGGAGGGGUUGGGAAACUUUGUGCCCACCAUUAGUUUGUAAUAUGAUAAAGACCUCUACUGUUACUUUUAUUGUCAUCAAAUAGACCACCGGUAUUGCAGAAUGCAGAUCGAAUGUCGUUAUUGCUGCAAAUGGAUUAUUGGUCCUGGUAAACACUAAAUGCUGUUUAAUAUCUGUAUAGAUUAGCAGUCAUUUGUGAAACAUUGACUGGAACUCAUUAACUCUGUGAAUAGAUCACUGGGCCUGGAACAAACCACAUGGGAAAGUUUAACUGGAUGAAUCGCUGCUCUUGGGAGAUCCUGUCCUUUCCAUAUUUACUCUGACCGGAUUAUAUUAUAAAUAAAUCACUGGUUCUGGAAAUACUUUAUAAAUAGAUCAGUGGUUCUGAUAAAUGGCAAUUGGAUCAUAUUCACUUUAUAAAUAGAUCACCAGAUCUGGAAAACACUCUCCGGGUCAAUUAAUAGAUCACUGCACCUAGAGAACAGCGAUUGGGUUAUAUUCACAUUAUAACUAGCUCCGAUGAUCAGCAUCUUGGGAAGUCUGGAUGACACUUUGCGCUGAGAAUAGAUCAGCCGGAAUCAUAAUGACACUGGGAAUAGACCACCGGUCCUGUAAAUCCUGUUUGGAUUAUGUCAGCAAUGUGAAUAGAUCGCAGUUCUUGGUCAGAAUUCUUUUCUUUCCUCGUACACUCUGUAUGUUUCUCUCCUGAAACAGGAGGCGUGCUGGACUGUUCACUAUGACAUAAUUUCGCUGACUUCCUAUUGUCCCUUCAGGGACCCAGUGACAUGUUAUUAAAUGAAACCAUUGUAGCACAGAAACUCAUUGUUUCUGUCAGUCUCCGAGACCUCAGACUGGUUUAUCCUGUUACAGCGGCAGUAUUUUUACUUUACAUUGUAGCAAGCGAUGUUGUCUGUUUAGCUUUAGACCGCUUCCUCACCUAAAAUCACACUGUACAGCCACGUCUAGCGAAUACGGGUAGACAGGGCUCCUAAUAUUGUAAUUCCUGGCUAUUUCAUAUGGAGCUCUGUCUCUACUGCUGGCUUCUCAUAAAACUCACCUGACAUCCUUAUAUGUUCAAAGAUUUGACGAAUUUGCUUGACAUGCAGAAGACUAAAAGAUUUUUUGCAAACCAGAGCUUUGGAAAGUGGUCUGACUUAUACAUGACCAUUUCAAUAGCCUUCGACUGUGUAAUCUGAAUGCAAACAGGGAGUUGAAAGUCGGGGUAAAUCAAUACUGUGCUACAAACUAUCUGAAGAGGCUAUGACCCUCCGAGUCCGAAGCUACCUCACAUCUCAUCUUACCGCUAUAGCUGCUUCAUCCGCUCGAAGUAUCUUUGUGAGAACUUUUUGGACUAUAUAUUAAUACUGAGCAAUAUUUUAUCUUUGUUUUGUUUUAUCUUUGAAGAUUGUUAUAACAUUGUUUGGUUUGUGGCGCAGCCAUUUCUUCUGUGUAAAGCAAUACUGUGACUGGACAAAGGCUAAUAGCUUGUGCUGUGUUUAGAACCCAUUCUGGGCGUUAAGCCUAUACCAUUAGCUUUUCCAGCUGAAUCUAACCACAGUAGCAGCGCAGAACAAAAAUAUCAAAUCAGGUUCACUCUCUACAAGAGACCCAGUAUCCCCAGACUAGUGGUUUAAGCCUUUGAGGCCUUGACCAGGUGCAGCUGUUCUACUCUUAGUGAGCAAUUAUAUUCACUAAAUCCAACCAAUUGCGUGCUCUUGAAACUACUGGAUUGUGGAAGAUGAUUAAUGUAAAAAAAAAAAGGGGGGGGGGGCGGGAGGAAUUUCCUAAUUGACGGAGCCUGUUCCUGGUCUGCAAGUGUUCUGUUUGCUGCGAACAGCUUGGAAGUACACCAGCCUUCGCGUGUAUAUGGAGUCUCUCCAGGCCUUAUAUUGUACAAUCUCUCCAAGUGACGUGUAAAAUAUGAUAUCCUUUAAAAAAAAUAUUUUUUGAGAAUCUUGCAGAAGAAAACGUGGCUGAAAAAAAAGGGCUUGGUUACGUCUCUGUCCAUGUGUUCCCCUCCACUUAAUUUGUUACAAUUGCAGAGCAGGGCAGAGCCACUAGUUGUUAAGCUCUAAAAAUGUGGCACAAAUUCAGGCUAUGCUGUAAUAUUUGCAGUAAGAUUACGGUGGAUUUUCCAGAUUAAUAGGUUUCCCCUGGAUGGAAUCGGGCAUUUCUUAAUGAAGGUUAUGACAAACCCAGCGCACCAAUUCAUCAUGACAACAUAGAAGUGGGAUUGGUGCCAGAAAUUUCUUUCCCUGCUGGUCAGGAAGAGCCGAAGAUCUCAUAUCAUCUUUUUGUGUUUUUGCUCCUGGACACCAAGAUUACCAGAUCUCCCAUGAUUUUCCAGAUACCUAACUUAUAGGCAGGACAUGAAAAGUGCCUUCCUCCAAAAUGUGGAAUUCCAGUGCUAAAAGUAUGAAAUUAGCUCAUUUAUAGAGGAAUCCUGAAGCAUAUAAAUUCUGCAGAUCUCAGGACAGCAUUCGUUAUAUAGGGCCCUUCAUCAUUAACAAAUUAAGUGUCCAUGAAAACGUGUUAACCCUGCCUGGGAGUCCAAGGGAAGUGACCUCCAAAAAUAUCCUGCCAUACCAUGUUUUCAUAGCCAGGUAUCUCACACCAGGAUACAGCAGGGAAUUCUCCUUAGUGAGCACAUCAGUAGCGUGCUAUCAGGGUGCCCAGCUGCCCAUGGUCUCCCCUGAGAGGCUGACAAUCCUUCUCUCCAGCCUGGUCAGUUUCUAAUCACAUUGUGUGUCACCCACCCCACUGUCCUGAGUGAAUACUCCCAAUCUUGGGAGGUACGUGUAUGUAUAGGUGAGUAGAAUGCUAGUUCUGUGUGUUUGAGUGACUGGCUAGUUAUGAUUUAAUGUGUAUUUUAUUUGUGUCAUGAAAUUAUAGCGUACCUUUGAGCAUUUAGUGUUUCCUCACAAAACAAUCUAGAGAUUUUUGCUCUGACUUCUCAAGAUAUCUCCUAUUUUUAUAUUGAGUACAGAAAACUGAAUAUAUUGAAUUUUCAAAUAACGGUCCCUAUUAACACUAUACAUGUCUAAUGUAUAUCCAUUGAAUACGGGAGGUGCUGUAUAAUACAGAAUGCUUGUCUUUGGGUUUUGUUCACCAGGCUUAAUAAUUAAACAGAGACUUGCAAAUUGUAGGUCAGAUUAGUCAAACUUAAAAAAAGAGAGAAAAUAUCUAACUUGGAUCUUUCCAAAUCUUCAGUUUUGGCCUCAAAUUAGAAUUUUUCUUGUCAGUUCUUUGCCAGUGUUUAAUGGUUAUAGACCUAGCUAUACAGUAAAUACACAAUCUGACAGUCUACAUAAUCUGAGCCGCGGGGCUUUCAGUCUAGCUGUGAUCCUUCAGUUAUACAAAAUGUUCUCCAACCCCUUCUAUCGUUAUUCCUGUUUGACUCUCAUUGUUUUCCUCCGGAUUCCUUUCUCCCAGGUACAUUGGGAAGUCAGACUCCAUCACUAUCAGCGUUUGGAAUCACAAAAAGAUCCAUAAGAAACAGGGAGCUGGCUUUCUCGGAUGUGUCCGCCUCCUCUCAAAUGCCAUCAACCGUCUAAAAGACACCGGCUGUGAGUAUAAACUAUAGCUCUAUCCUCUAUUAUUAUUAUUUAUUUUAUUUUAUUUCUAAUGCGUUUAGUCCUAUCUGGCAACAUAUCAGAACUUUCCAAUGCCAGACUGUGUCUGUAGGGGAAAGGUUUGUUUAUGGGCUGAUUAGAACAUAACAUGUCUGCAUGGGUACAUUUCUGUGGUUGAAUAAGCAGAGAGUUUGCUCAUUCACAGAUCUGCUGUUUACUUACUGUCCUCUUUCAAAUGCACCAAGUUUCCCUGACAAUGGACAAUACGUGGCUUUGUGUGGAAGGGAACGUUGAUAUUAACAAUAAAAAAAACAGUGACUGUCAGUGCCAUGAUUACAAUGCAGGUUUCCUUAAAUGCAAUGUGCUAUUAAUUUACUGAAAACAGAAAUGACCCCAUUGGUCUUGAAAGACACCUGUCAUGCCCCAAACAAAAUCUUAUGCUCAGUCUAAUGAGCAUGAAUUAUCUAUAUACUGCGCUAGCAGUUUUGCACUUCUAGCAUUUGCUAGGGAUUUUCUAAUUGACGGAGCCUAGGGAGUUUAGGAACGGAGUGAAGUGAUGUCACUCCAUUCUGAUGCCGGCUCUAUCGCAACAAAGCUAGAGUACCAAUGUCACUGACAAGAUUUGAUCUGCUUCCUGCUUGGGGAUAUGUCGCAAGCAGGUAAUCAAAAAUGAACAGAUGGCGGCCCAAAGGUGAAUUUAACGCCCAUGAGUCUAUUCUAGAAUGGUGAAAAGGGGAGUAUAUUUUACUUUUAAUACGCCGUGUAUCUUUAUGAUAUAUGGUGUAUUCCAAGGGUGCCCAAAAGGUAGAUCCCCAGAUGUUGUAGAACCACAUAUCCCAUGAGGCUUUGCAUGCCUUUUAGAAUGCUAAAACAUCAUGGGAGCUGACGUUGUUUUUUUUGUUUUUUUUGUAAAUCUUUAUUUUUCAUGCGAUGAAAAGACCGACCUGUUAAAAUUACCGCAACCCUAUGUGCAUGGGUCACAGGAACAUUCUACAUUGAAUAUACUGUUGAGAUACAUUUCGCAUAUUUUUUAAGUUAUAUUGGGCUGGGAUGUUGUAACGUGGGCCUUAACUGUGGAAGUUUUGGGUGAAUAUUCACUCGUCUAUGCGUACCAGCGCAGGUACUUUGGAGCCAUCUAGCGUGUGGGGCAUGUAGUAUCCGAUAAGCUUUUGUCUGUGGGGGUCAAAUCCCCAUCUGAUCUCUGGUAUCUGUUUGAUUAUGGUGCUCCAUAUGGAGUCCAGGUCUAGAGCCGUGUUGGGUGAGUGGGGCGUCGUGACGUUCCCUUCAGCGGCACCCUGUGUGGUUUUAGGUUAUGUCUAUUAUACAUUCCUUCGGAAGUUGCAUGGCUCUCGCCUGGAUUGGAGGUGCGCUGUGUGGCUUAACUAUAUAUAGUGAUGGAGGUGGCUGUGUGUAAGCGCGAUGUAAUACAUAUUUGAGUCUAGUAGGUGUCUAGGUGGGUGGGAGCUGUAUGGUAGCCUAUCUGCGCCCAGAGGGCAAAGAACCCACGGCGUGAGGGGAGGAAAAAAGCGUUAGGCUAUGUGUGCGUGUAAAGCUCCCGUGCUGGUAGUACCCUAUUACCCCAGGGCAAGGGGGGGUGGGGGUGGGUUGUCGCCAGAGCCGGCUGGUGGAGCCUCCAAUAGGUCGCUAUCCCACUAUAACCGAAAGGGGCGAACCAGUAAUACUAAAGCUUGUAAACGUUACUAAACAUUUUAGUAAGAGAGUCUUAGUAAGAGUCCAAGAGACCCAGACCAAGCGCGCCGUUUCAGGACUUGGUGUCUCCAUGGGGUCUGGGUGUAGCUGUUGUUGUUGCUUCCACCCUCCUGGGUCGGUGGCCUGGCUGUGGUGUUGAAGUUGUCGGCAUAGUUGGGAGUCCCAGUGUUGCCAUUAGACCUGGGCCCUCAGAGGGGUCCAUGGCCUUGUAAUGCUUGUUGUCUUUGGUAACCCAUAGGGUCCCCGGAGUCUACCACUUUUAGGCAAUGCCUGCUGCAUGGAGCGGUUUAGUAAGUGGUUGCAUUUGUUUGCGCCAUAGUAGUGUGGCUCUGCUCAAGUCCUGAAAAAAGGAUAAACGGCGAUCCUCAAAUUCCAUAGGAGUCUUUCCCUGUAGCGCUGCUAAAAGUCCCAGUUUGUCUGACAUGGACUGGCACCGUAGUAUGAUGUCUCGCGGUGCUGCGCUAGGUGCCUGCGGGGAUUUCGCAAUUCUGUAGACUCCGUCGAAUAAGAAGGUUUUGGCUUGUCUGGCCGGAAGUAGUGCAGCUACGAGGCGUCUGAUGAAAUGUGGUAGUUCCUCCAGCGGUAUGGAUUCCUGUACCCCUCUGAUUUUGACAUUUUUGCGUCUCCCCUGUCAUCCAGUAGGUUGACUUGUCUGGAGAGGGUAGUCUGUGUGGUGGUUAGUUUUUGUACUUUCUCCCCCAACUCUUGUAGGCCUUGUUUCAGGGUCUCCACUUCAUUCUCUGUGGCUUGUGUACGUAGUGUCACUGCAUGUACAUCCCCUUCUAGCACUGCCAGGUCAGCCUCCCACAUUUGCCUGAGGUUCUGUUGCAGGCUUGUCAGCAUGGCCUGGAUAUCACUCCUGGAUGCUGGGGCAUUAUCCUCCAUUACCCGUGGGGGAGCUGCAUGACAUGGAGUGAGUGGGCUAUCAGGUGGUUCUCCUUCCUCUGAGGGCAGUGGGGAGGUGUCUCGAUGGGACGUGGUCCGCGCUGCACCUGGGGCCUGUAACAUCUGGCCUAUGUCGCGCUGUGGCCUUGGGGUAUGUGUGGGUGGUUUCUGAGACUUGCGCCCCAUCUCACCUGUGUGUGGCAGGUUGUGGUACCAGUCUUCCAGGUCAGGUGAGCCCCAGGGCCAGAUUCCCUCCCCUGAGUCUCUCUGCCGUCCGCCCGCCCGCGUGGUAGGCCUUACCGCUUCGGCGUCGUGUUUUGGAGCCGGGCGUAAGAAAAAAAACGGCAUCGGCGGCUUUGGCUGACUGUCCCGGUUUUAGACACAGCUUCUGUGACCAAGGUAGGUAUUGGGUGCCCCCAAAUCGGCUGGAUUAUGAUUAUCCAAGCGGGAGCUCCACUAUUGUGCGUCCGCUUGGUUUCGUUGUCAGGCUCCACCCUCCAGGAGCUGACGUUUUAAACCAUCUGGGGAUCUGCCUUUUGGGCUCCCGUGGUGUAUUCAAUGUAUAUAGAGCGUUUGCAGGUAAGUUAAAUUAUUCACAACCAGUUCACUGUAAGUAGUUAUUUGGGAUUUUUCUCAUGGACCAGCAGAAGAGGAAAAACGAUAUCUGUGUUAGCUAGUGAGAAAUCUCGCUUUGUGGUUACAUGUUAAUAGAAAGCAACGAGGCUUCCAGCCGGCUCUUGACAUCACAUUGUCUCUGUGAUUUUCGUGUAAGUAAUCUGCCGGAUUGCGUGUCGCUGCAAUCUGGUUACAUGUUUCAACCGUACAAAUGACUAAAUGUUAAGAGAUUAUAGUGAAGGAUUAUCGUCCAAUUGUGACGCAUUCCUGUCUCGCUAUCCGAAUUAAUUCUCUGACAGACAUAGUAAGGACUGUUUCUUUCUGAAAAUCACUUGUAAAUCUAUAAUAAACUGCUGAUCCUUGAGGCUGACAACACUGCGAACAAUGAGAGCAGACAGAUGCUGGCUGCAAUGUAAAGAUAAUCAAGCUGGUACAACACAGACUGAUUGCAAUAAGUAUUGUGUCAAGUGCUUGUCUUCCUAGAAUUUUGGGGAUAAUAACUAAACUGAAAAUUAGUUGAAAUAGUUUGUAAUUGGGAUGGGGAGGAGUUCUAUCAAUAAGAACCAAAUAAUUAUGGUGACCUACAUUCCCAAGCAGAGCAGCAUUUUAAAAAAUUAUUAUGCUUUAUUACAUUUUUAUAAUUGGUUUUAGGCAGUAAACCUCAUAACUAGAAGAUUUUUAAUUCACUUAGUUGUUAUAGUGUUUCUUCAUCGAUGUGCGCGUUUCCAUCUUCUGAAACAUUAAAAAUCUGAAUCUGCGGGGGGCGGGGUCUGGCCGCCGACGGGAUCAGACGCGUUCUGUCUGAGCUCCCGCUCCAAGGCCCAAAAACCGGAGCAUAUUGGAGGAUAACCGCGACCGGAGGGUCCCACAGAUGUCCACAAGGACCCCCAGUCACUGGGGAAAGCGGGGAUGCCGCAUGGGUCCCGGUCCGGCACCGACAGUAACCCGGCCGGGCUCGGAGUUCGUUGGGGCUUGAGCCAGGAAGGGACGGCCGCUUUCCUGGGUCUCCUGGCCGGCGGUUCGCGUCCGCCCCCCCCCCUGGACCGGGGGGGUCAUCCCGGUCUGCAGAGGUACCAACCAGCACACCAACCUUGGCCCAAUCAACCACCCUAGCAGGGAACAUCACCCGGGCGACAGUACACAAGAUGGCCGCCGAGCGCCGGCCAUGUGCGCGAGCUGCCAGAGAGAUCAAGAUGACGCCUGCUCAAAAAUGAGGAAAACAACGCAGUCAAAGAGAAAAGCACCCACUAUUAUCCUACCAGUCUACUACAGGGCAGUAAAGCUCAUGGACACUGCAAGCAGGAUCAAGUCACACUCUCAUGGAAGUGCCGGCAGCAGAACUCGCCUAGACAGCACUCACCACACAAGGAGACAUGACAGAGUGCAGUGGGGAGGUUCACAGGUCCAUGGACCGGAAAAUCUCGGGGUCCCACUAAUGCUGAACGCCCUGCUGCAGCCCAUCGGUGGUACUGGGUGACAACUGGAUAAAGCGGCUCCUGCUAACACACAGCAAGAUCAUCUCCAGCAAUGUAAAGACUCUUGUUAUUCUCAAUGUCAGUGCUACCCUCUUUCCACGAUUACAGAACACAGAGGUGUUAAUAGCUCUGUGUCCCGAUAACCACUCCUAGCUAGCAACCACCUUGACUAAUUAGCUCUGUUGGCCAGACUUAUCCCCUAGCACUGUUCUGUCUACCCAUGCUAUUGUAUGACAAGCACUUAACUCAUUGUGUUCACUUAGUCACCUGUGUAACAUGUUAGGAAAGCAAGCCCAGGUGUACACAUAUAUACCUGCAUAUAAACAGACUUACACCUGAACAUCACUUAUGAUACAUACUAAGCAUGGACAGCUCAUAUCUCACACUCACUGCGCCCACUAGCUAAACAUGCCUAAUUAACCUGUUCAUUAACGUUGAAACUCUGCUCUUCACGCGUCAUUACUAGCCUAGUCUCGAACUACCUAAGCUUGUGAAAUGUACUUUGUCAGUCUAUACCAUAUUCAAAAUGUGCACUGUCCAAUCACUCCCCACUGUAUCUAUUGUUGUUGAAAUUAGCGAGUGGACUGCCGGUGGGGUACCACAAGCAUUAUUGUUCCAACUGUAUGCACUACAAAAAUAAAGAAUUAUAAAAAAAAAAAUCUGAAUCUGCUUUACUUACUGUAUUAUGGAAAGAGAAUAAUUAGGUUUUGCUACUUCCCAUUGCCAAGCAAAUGUUGUCUUGAAUACAUUCUAUCUCACCUCCUGCUUCUAAUUCUAACUACGCUUUUCUACAUAAUGUCCUCUUUCCCUUGUAGAUCAGAGACUGGAUCUAUGUAAGCUCGGUCCAAAUGAUAACGAUACAGUCAGAGGUCAAAUUGUAGGUAAGUGUUACUGGCGCCUGCCGUUAAAUUUAUCUCUAAAAGCACUAUAGCCGGAAUAUUUACAUUCUCUCAAAAUGGCGGUGUAGGUGUGGACGUGCAGUAAAUGAAAAUUAAACAUAGUGAUACAAAGAAUGAGGUGCGCUAAAAAAAAAUGUUUCUGCAUGAAGAAUAAAAUAGCAAUAAUAGUGCAGAUCAAUAAGAUAAUUUAUAUGACAAUGUAUAAUAUUGCACUAAAUACAUAGAUAAACUAUGAUUCAAAAAUAACAAUGUGGAUAUUGUCCCAUAAAGUGAUCUGACCCCAUGCAGGGCGCAGCAGUGGAACCAUAAGAGCCCUCCAAAUCAGAGUGUCCUGUCACAUCUCCGUUCAUAUAUACACAUAUUAUCACAACUAAUAAUUGAUUUGGUAGUACCAGUGCUGUGAUCUGCUAGGAAAGCAAGAUGGCUCCUUUCUGUUUAUUUUAUUGAUCGGAUUACUAUAUUGUAGGAUAAAGUUUCAAUUUAAUGAUUAAAUGUCCAUAAUGUAAUCUGAGCCUUUCGUCACCACAUAGUGAGAAUCCACUUUAAAACGUGUUUUUCCUCUAUCUUUACAGUCAGUCUUCAGUCCAGAGACCGAAUUGGUUCCGGGGGACAAGUUGUUGACUGCAGUCGUCUGUUUGAUAAUGAUUUACCAGAUGGGUGAGUUGUGUGUGUAAAAUCCCUGUCUGUGGCAUCUUUAUUCUGCUCAAUAUCAUCUCGUCUCUUAAUAGAACCUCUCGUUAACACCAUAUUUGUUGUCAUCCAUUGUCUUUGUUAUUUAGAAUGAAAUGCAACAAGCUAAGUGUUUUGUUUUGUUCACUGUGAAUGGGUGAGAUGUUAAUGAGCUGAGGAUCUCCCCCACCCCCAAUUUUCAGGGUGUGGUGUUUUUUCGUUUUUAUUUUCUUUAACAAAACUAUUUGAAAUCAUGCAAAAAUAUUUUAUGAUGCUCUAUGUCAAUCUAAGACUGUCCUUAGUGCUUUUAUUGUUUAUUGGUUGAGUUCUAGCGUUACACUUUGCUUGUUGCCGUCAUUAACUCCCUGCAAAUUAAACCAAUAUCCAAUUCCUAAAAAAUGCCUUAAUGUUCUCUGUACUCCAUGUCUCCAUUGUAGUUGGGAGGAGAGGAGAACGGCGUCUGGUCGGAUUCAGUACCUGAACCACAUCACAAGGACAACCCAGUGGGAACGUCCAACCCGGUAAUCAUACCAGGCUUUCUCUCUGAUAGGCCGAGAUCCUACAGUUCAUUUAGUUUAGCGAUAGGGGUGGGCAUUGACCAAAGCUCUUUUUAAAUAUUACUGCUCAGUUCUCCAACUGCUAGGGGUCUAGCCGUUGGCCAUCCCUCUUAUAAGAAAUACACUUAUUCAGUGGCCCUUUAACCCAGCAUGUUAAAUAUCCCCUGUUUUAUAUCCAAACCAGGAAGAAUUGCAAAAGUAUCACUAGCAAGAAAGAUAGGCACUGUGCAUAUAGCGUGCUCUCUCUCCCUCUUAAUCCGUCAAUGUAAUGAGCUACAUAGUGUGUUCUGACUCAGUCCUCACCUCGGCUGUGAAGCUCCUGUGUAAUUUUACUAAUGAAUCAAUUUUAGCUGUGAUCUCGGCUGCUGUUGAGUGCUUGAUAUAUUGCAGCUUGUUGUCUUGGCAUAUUGCUAAAAUCUUCCUGGUUUCACAAUACCCCAAACUUUGUAACCUAAGCCCCAAAUACUUUGUUUUGGAGUGAGAUCCAUGUUCAGCUUUUUUCUGGGAAUUUCGUUCUAAGUCUCUUUUGCAAGCAGCAUUGUGCAGGAUGUGAUAACCUAGUAACAUAGUAUCCUCUCCAUAGGCCGGCAUCUGAAUAUUCUAGUCCCGGUCGGCCUUUGAGCUGCUUUGUAGAUGAAAACACGCCGAUUGCAGUAACCAAUGGGGCAACCUGCGGGCAAAGCUCUGAUCCAAGGCUUGCAGAGAGGAGGGUCCGGUCCCAGCGGCACAGAAAUUACAUGAGCAGAACACAUUUACACACCCCUCCAGACCUGCCAGAGGGAUACGGUGAGUCGUUUACAUUAUUGCCUCCAGUUCUGGUCGCCUGUUUUUCCCAUAGGAAGCCAUUUUGCUUCAGACCAUGCUGUAAAUUGACCUCCACUGUUACAAAGGAAAAGCUUACUCUUAAAGGAAAACUGUCAUACGUUUUGCUGAAAAUAAGAUUAUUUAAUAUAGCCAGUGUGUACAUUGUUAUGAAUACAUGUUAAUAACUGCAUGUCCUGGCUCACCCUUGCUCCAUGGGGGUAACCAUCUUCAGUCCCCUUUGUUCAGAAGUACCAUUUAUCCUCGAAGACCACCCAUAUUUUAAAGAUAUAAAUCCAUCCUGGAGUGCAUUUCUAUAGAUGCUUUGUGCUUACUGAUGAUUUCACGAUUUGUGAAUGCACACUGGCUCUUAAUUACAAAAGAGGAGUAAAGAUGGCUGCCCCCUUAGAACAAAGAUAAAUAAGGAGAUUCAGUGAGUUAUUUACUUCUAUCUAUGUAUUACAAAAUUAUACAUAUACAGGUGAUUAUAAUGGCUGCUCUUGAGCUGUCCUGAUUCAGUUUGUGCCUAAUAAACUGUGUUGAUCAAAUGUUAAUUAACAACCGUGGGUUAGGGGAGGGUGACCAACUCUCAUGACAUAAAGCGCUUUGUUUUCAGUUAUCUAACAUUACUGCUUGUACCCUAACAGAACAGAGGACCACGCAGCAAGGCCAGGUGUAUUUCCUGCACACACAAACAGGGGUCAGCACGUGGCACGAUCCACGCGUCCCGAGGUAAGAAUCAUCAGAUCUUUCUGUAUCAAACCAUGAUUUCAGAGAUCCGAGCUUUCCCUAGUCAGUGUAAAAAACAUAUGUUUAAAAUCAUUUCCAGGAAUAUACAAAAAAAAAAAAAAAACCCCAAUCCAUACACCACAGUGAGUCAGAUCAGAAUUAACAUACAUCAACUGCCUGUAAUACACAGCAUUGCCAAAUAACAGCAACAGCCCAGCCCUUAGCACUGGCUCUGGGUUAUCUGAAUGUUUCCCAAAUGACUGUUACCCUGUAUUGUUUUGCUAUCAGUUACUUUUCAACGUCUGUUUGUAUAUGUGCCCAAACACAGCUUUACAAUUUAAACAAAAAAUACACGUAAUAAUCAAUAUAUGUAUUCCAUUCCACACCCUGAUGUAACCUUUUAAAGGCUGCCUGUAGUGAAGCACAAAUCACAUAUCUGCCCUUUAUAUAUCGUUGCGUCCCCUGCCACCUGUCUUGCAUCAAUGCGUAAGGAUAGAGAACUGUAAUAUACGCCAGCCACGAGUGACCUGGCCAAUCACCCCCAUGUGGCACACUCCCCAACCCUCAAUUCUUAUAUUGCAUGGGCGAUGCUUCUUGGGUUAUACGGGGAACAGGCGUAUUCUUGUUUCAUGCACAGCUAUCCCAUAUGUUUGUAGGAGAAGCAGUUUUUAUCUAGGUGUAUUUUUUAUUUUAACUUAGUUUAUUUUAAUAUUGGUUCAGGCACAAUAGAAAAAAACAAAAACAAAUAAUGUGUGAGACAAUACAGUAAGAUCUAACACUGGUGGUAAAAAUACAAGAACGAAUGUUGCCAGAUUCACAAUCACCUUUGGGGAUAACUGUGCAGCAAAAUUAAUAGGCGGUCUCAUGGGUCUUCCUCUCCUAUGCACAGCCUUUGUUACUUUGGAGUUAUGAGAAGUAACGUACACAAACUCUGUGACAAAAUCUCCUGGUGAUAAGCAGGUUGCGUCCUGCAAAAUCUAAGUGUAUAUUUUAUUUUAUACCUUUCCCAAGCACUAUGUAUUAAUUUAAUCUAUUUCUACAUAAUAAUAACAACAACAAGGUAUUUAACCAGGAAAGGUACAUUCAGAUUACUCUGGUUUCCAAGUAUGUCCUAGCCCAACAUCCAGGGGUUGUUACUAUUACCCAAUUUAAUGGUACUAAUAUAAUGAACGCCCCCAUGUGCUAUUAUGGAUGAAAAGUUAAAUUUUAGGAAGAUCUGGUUAUGUGCGAAGUAUCGCACACGUGAACUUUGUCAGCGUUUAUUAAAUUCUUGCGCUCUACUCUGCAUUGGUGAGAUCUAUCACUUUGAAUUCUAUUUUCGAAAACUCUGGACUUUCUAAAAAAAAUUUCAAUAUGUAUUUAAUUUUACUUUCUAGGGAUCUUAGCAACGUAAACUGUGAGGAACUUGGCCCACUCCCUCCAGGCUGGGAGAUUCGCAAUACAGCAACAGGAAGAGUUUAUUUUGUGGAUCACAACAACCGAACUACGCAGUUCACAGACCCUCGGCUGUCGGCCAAUCUCCAUCUUGUAUUAAAGUAAGUUUGAAAUCCCGUGUUUUCAUAUUCCAGGGAAACUUGUGUGACUUAAAGAUCCUCUUUAAGCCAAUUAUGUAACAAAAAACGUAAUGAACAAAACAAUAAGUAUCUUUCUUACAGAGACCGAUUUUGAACUAUAUUUAUACUAUAUACUAUACAGAGUACUGUGCAUUUUGUUCCUAUUCUACAUCUAUGCACACAUACUGAGCUGCCAGAAAAGACAGACCACUAUUUACUAAAAUAGUUCAAUUGUGACUAUGGCCACAUGGGCGUGCAUAUUUUUUUUUUUUUUUUUUUUUUUAAGAGGUAAGAAUGUAUUUAUUUUUAACACUUUAAAUCACAGCUGGCAUCUGAAAGAUCUCUCAAAUUAUUUCUUAGCUUCUCUGGAAAUGUCACCAUUUAAUAAAAUAUUGGAAAUCAUCUAUAACUUGUCUAAACUUAUUUUUUUUUUUUUUUGAAUCUAGUGGUAUAUGUUAUGCACGUAUCAACAAUAGUUAAUUCGUCUUUUAAGCAGUGUCGUCAAUUAAGCUUAGCUAGAAACAGGCUUGAACAGUGAUAACCAUGAAUUUACACUACUAUGCAUGGACACUUUAUGCUGUAAGUGGUUUGGUUAGCAGGCAUAGAAAACAUAGGCUUGCAACAUAUUAUAGGUACAGAAAGUUUCUGGGCGCUAGCCGGCAAUGACCAUUUGCAGAUUUGGGUUGCGGUAGGGUCACCCUGCUUCGGAAAUAUAUGCAAACUUAAAAGUAAAAAACGAAACAGCACAGGGUAACAUUAGUUCAGGUAUUUCAAAUAUAUCUGAGGGGUGCUCGCUAGGUAAGACCUGGUCGACGGUGUCUGCAGGAGAAAGUCCCAGCGUGUAGGAAUGUAUAGCUCGCGUGUCGGUCUUCCGGCCUGCCCGCGCCCGGCGCUGAAGGGCUGGUGCAUCCUCAGUGAGGCCUGUUCAGCCAAUACCCCGCUUGUGCAUGGGUGUUGCAGUGGAUGAAGGUGUCCGGCUGGGAGCCGCUGUGAACAGCUUCGUGCAGGGUGUUACAGUCCCUUGAGUGAGUGAUCUCUGGAGUGCUGUGGGUAUAAUGUGGGUGCUCCUUGGUCGAUCCCGUCCCGACCGGCUGGUAUAGUGGGGUUGGACAUGCUCGGAUCCCCCAGCCCGGGAUGUAGCAGAGAGCACUUCCCUGUGUCCUCGGGUCCCUCUCCUAUACGUGGGGGGACCGUGGGCCCUCCGGAGCCUCACUCUCCUGAUGCCCCUUUGGGUGUGUGGACGGUGGGUCGGAUUUUGGUCCGGUGUGCUCCCCUGCCCAGAAGGGGAUUUGUGGCUCCGAGCCGUAAAGUGUGAUCGCUGUCGGGCUUGUUGGGGCGGACGGGAGUGCUUGCCUUGCUGUGUCCGCUGUUCGUCUGCCAUUUUGUGCCCUCCUCGUGGUCGCAGUGAGGGGUGAGUUACCCGAUUACUCUCGGCUUGAGUGCAUAGGCGCCGUGCCAGCCUGCGCCAGAAUGCUGCGAAAAUUUUGUUUAGCCUUGCUGUGUAGUCAGCUGGGUUAGUGAGGCUUGUUUUUGGCUCCUUUGUGCUCCCUCUGUGUUGCUUGGGCGCCAUCUUCGCCUCAGUCUCAGGGGCAUUCCGGAGCCGUUGCGUGUCCGGCUGUGGUGUGGGGUUAGUCGCCCCCAGCGAGGACCGGGAUAACCCCCACCGGUCCAGAGGGGGGGGUUGCAGGGCCCUGUCGAUUGUUCGCUUGCGAGCGUGCCCUGUGUCGGGGGGUCGGCCGCCUCCCCCUACCUGCAGGUCCCGCUCCGGAUUAGGCCUCAUGGCCGGUCCAUGUAUGUUUAUGUGGUUCCGAUAUGGGUCGGGUAUCAUUGUGUGCCCCGUGUGGUCCUGGUUUGUUCUCUGGACUCCGUUUGCUGCCAGCACCUGUAGUUCCUGCAGAAUUUGCGUUUUUGUGCCCUGUAUUGCAAGAGCUCUCAGAAAGCACGACCGGCCAUCUUGGCUGUCAGGCCCCGCCCCGGGCGUGCAUAUUUUUUGUUUGUUUGUUUGAUAUUUAUUUCAAAUCUGCUAUUUUAUCCUCUAUGUUGCCAUUCAGCAUUUAUUUAUUAAUAUUCAUAGUUUGGUAAUUAACGAUUUUAGGGAUCAAAAUAAGGGACGCUUGUGAGGUCUGUAUCACAAAUCUCUUGCCAAGUUGUAUCCCAACAUCUUUGUCUUCUUUCUGUACUUUCCUCAAAGCUGUCUGUGCAGGAUGGAAUGUGGUCUGAGAGAUGCUAAUCAUUAACUGUUUAUAGUGGGGGUUUUUAAAAAUACCUCUCCACUUCCUCAUUACUGCAAGUCCUUGGCUGUAAUUUAAUCACAUGUGGGUACACACUAAAUCCCCAGACAUUUGUGGUCUCAUGGACAAGUUUAAGAUCACUUUUGACGAUUUUUAACACGUAUACGUUUACCUACCUCUGUAUUUAACAAACCCGUAUUUGUGAGAUGUACAAACCAAAUGAAAUGUUGAAAUCCACACCUUUUUAUCCUGCUGAUGGGUGCCUCCACCGUAGCUUCCUGUCUGUCACUGUUAUAAGUUCAGAGAAGAGGAGAAAUGAUACUAUUGUUCUAUUUCUACUCUUUGUUUGCAAUGUUUGCGGUGUCUUUGCCAUGUCCGAACUGGAUUAUGGUGUGAUUUUCUAAAUCUUUAAUAUAUAGUUAAAAGAGAAUAGACCAUCUUGUUAUUUAGAUGCAUGCGCAAUAGGCUCCCAACACAUUCCUUUGGGAAAGCAUUGGAUUGGCUGAGAUCAUCAAAUUUGAUGAUAUCCACCAUGGAGGCGGGGCAGAACCAGCCGUGACAAGUUUGGGACAGUACUGAUGAAAGGUGACUAAAUUAAUUUAACAGGAGUCAAGGGAGGGGGGCAGAGACCUAACAUGUGCUUUUAGAACUAUUGUCAUAAAUACGUUUGUAUUCUUGGCAAUAUAGUGUUCCUGUAAAGUAAAAAAAAAACAAAACUCUGAACUCUCUGUUUCUUUACAUAGUUACAUAGCUGAAAAGAGACUUGCGUCCAUCAAGUUCAGCCUUCCUCGCAUUUGUUUUUUGCUGUAGAUCCAAAAGAAGGCAAAAAACACAGUUUGAAGCACUUCCAAUUUUGCAACAAGCUAGGAAAAAAAUUGCUUCUUGACCCCAGAAUGGCAGUCAGAUUUAUCCUUGGAUCAAGCAGUUAUUACCCUACAUUGAAAGAUUAUAUCCUUGAAUAUUCUGUUUUUGCAAGUAUGCAUCUAGUAGCUGUUUGAACAUCUGUACGGACUCUGAUAAAACCACUUCUUCAGGCAGAGAAUUCCACAUCCUGUUUGUUCUUACAGUAAAAAAACCUUACCUUAAACGCAUGACCUUGUGUCCUAUGUAAAGUCCGGUUUGUGAAUAGAUUUCCACACAAUGGUUUGUAUUGGCCCCGAAUAGAGUUGUAUAAUGUUAUCAUAUCCCCUCUCAGGUGACGUUUUUCUAAACUAAAUAGGUUUACAUUUGUUAACCUUUCUUCGUAGCUGAUAUGUUCCUAUUAAUUUUGUAGCCCGCCUCUGCACUUUUUUUUUUUUUUUUAUAAUCUUGGGUAAUUCAGAUUAUAAAAAAGUAUUUUAGCAAAUACUCUUUGUACCACAUCCUGCUUUUUAUUUGGAAUAGAGUCUUGCGAUUUGCUUUGAGAUAUUUUGACAGUUGUGCUUGUUUUGUGGAAAUGGUUUUUAUGGUUUAUUUCUUGUAUGUGUGAUUAAAUAGUAUCUUUUACUCUCUCUCGCUUCUCUCACCCCCUUGCCAUAUAUUUAGUUUGGCCUUCUUUGGCCAAAACUUUAAAUUGCAUUGAAUUCCAUAUAGUUCACAGUUUGGUGAAUAACCCUGUGUUUGUCACAUUGGGGAUAUGGAUCCACUUGCUGCAUGCAUCCGGUAACCGAAUGGCUCUCAGGAGUGACAUCACAGUAUGUCAGAGACAUUAAUGAAAUAUUAUUGGCUCAGAGGCUGUGAUUACCAUGUGACUGUAAUAUUUAUUCAUUGCUACAAAUAACAUUUAUGGAACUCAGUCAAAUUCAUCUGAAUGAUCGGAAUCCCUCCUGCUUUGCUCCUUGUAUUAGAAUACUGGGAUUGUUUUAUUCAGUGACAGCUGUCCAAGGAGAAGACGGUCACUGUUUUUGUAAAAGGAAAUUAAUGUGCGCAGUCAACCAGUGCAUAAACCUGCGCUGUGUGAAAUAUAAGCAGACAUAUCACCACACACACACGGACUGUUUAUGUUGUAUUACAGGUAGAGCCUCACACGCUCUCACCUUCCCCCUCCUCCCCACCCUACCCCCUUGUUUGUAAAGUAAUACUUUUUGAAACAAGAGGCCAAGUGUAAUGUAUUGGAUUUUUUGUGUUUCGUUUGAUGAAUAUGAUUCCGUUGGUGCUAUUACAGUGUGCGAUUACGGUCUCUCGUUACUGAAACUUGCUCAGCCUCAUCUGUAUUAAAUGUUCACGUUGGGCCUUCCUAUUCUGACUUAGGAAUUUACACAUAACUAGGUUCUCUGUAUAUUUCUAAAUGGCUUUAAUGCAUCAUGUCGCUAAUCGUUUUUUUAAGACCAGUACGAUCGUGCCGGAGCACUCUUUUAACUAUUUUAUAUUCUAUUGAAUUGCGUUGGAAGCCUCUUGUAGCCUAUAAUUCUUUUGGUUUUUGUAACCAUUACUUUGGUUUUUUUUUUUUAGUCGCCAGAACCAGCUAAAAGAUCACCAACAGCAGCAGCAGCAGCAAGUGGUGACCCUGUGCCAGCUUCCAGACGAGGUGGAGUGCCUCACUGUGCCACGUUAUAAGAGAGACCUUGUGCAGAAAUUAAAGAUCCUGAGACAAGAACUCUCCCAGCAGCAGCCUCAGGCCGGUCACUGCCGAAUCGAGGUGUCUCGAGAAGAGAUCUUUGAGGUACCCUUCUUUGUGUUUUUUGUUUUUUUCUAGCUUAGAAAUGUAGCUUUGCAUACUUAGCGGUUUAAUGAUGGUUUAAAGGUGUAAGUAGGAGUUGAGUAUUUAAUGUCUGUUUAUUGAUUGUAGGAAUCCUACAGGCAAGUAAUGAAAAUGAGACCGAAGGACCUGUGGAAGAGACUUAUGAUAAAAUUCCGAGGAGAAGAGGGUUUGGAUUAUGGAGGUGUUGCAAGGUAACGUUAAACCGGACUGUGACCUCUUAUCACUAUAGCAUGGCCACCUGGUUAUGCUGCCGCCCCCAAUGUUGUUGGAUGAUGAAUAAUAAAGUUAAUAUUUGGACCUUUGUGUUUUCUAGGGAAUGGCUGUACCUCUUGUCCCAUGAAAUGUUAAAUCCCUAUUAUGGCCUCUUCCAGUAUUCACGGGAUGAUAUAUAUACUCUGCAGAUAAAUCCGGAUUCAGCAGUUAACCCGGUAAGAAAGUUAGCAACUUCUCCAGUGAGGAACUACAGUUAAUUAUUUUAAUUUUACCGUCCAAGUUUUCCACUUAAGUGUGAAUCGCUGGGAACUCAAACCAAAUUUCAAAAUUUAGACCAAUAUAGCCAAACGAAAGAGUCUCUAAGUCCGCUAUGUUUAACUAUGUAUGUUUUUGAAUGUCAGACAGUUGACACAUUUAUGAUUACGGAAGUAUGUGCUAUGUAUUGGAUUUCCUGGAUGAUUUGUGCAACAUUUUUUUUUGUAUAUUAUAAGAAUCUUUAAGUUUCUUUACCCACGUGGUGAUGCAGCUCUGCCAUUUUACGAGCGUUUGUUCUGUGGGUGACAUUCAAAUCUUUCUAAAAUAAAACCGCAUACUUUCAUUCUAGGAACAUCUGUCGUAUUUCCAUUUUGUUGGUCGAAUCAUGGGUAUGGCAGUAUUCCACGGACACUACAUAGAUGGGGGAUUCACACUGCCAUUUUAUAAACAGCUUCUUGGGAAGCCAAUUACGUUAGAUGACAUGGAGUCAGUGGAUCCAGAUCUGCAUAACAGCCUUGUUUGGAUUCUGUAAGUACAAACUUUAUUGGAGCAGUUCUCAUCGAGCACUCAGGGAAGUUGGGAGAAUGUUGCAAGAGAACAGACCGUAGGGUUGGGGGGAAAACUUUAGAGCAGCCAGCAUUUUGAUGGUGCGAUUUGGAGAUGAGAGUACGUGUAAUGUAGUGGGGGUGAGGAGGCAUGCACUGGAAGGGAGCAUAUGGAGGUCAUUGUUUUGGAGAGAAGGAAUGACACUCACCUGAUGUGGGAUGGGCUGGCAUGGAAAGGGUCCAUAGGAAGACUGUGUUGUAGGGCAGUGGGCAACAAGCAGAUCAAAAGUUUAGUGGCCGUUGGUAAAGGCCAGCACUGGAGACUAAUAAUCCAAAAUAAUAACUAAUUAAAAAUAGCAAUGUUUUGGGAUAGAGGAUGUCUUUCCUUUUGUAGAGAGAGAAAGAUACUUAAAUACUUUGGAUAUGGAGUGGAAAAUGACUUGGUGAACUUGGUUACAUGGUUCCUGAUUUAAUAUCAAUCUGUUUCCCACGUUCUAUGAAUGCCACAAGCUUUAUCCAGAAAUAUAGCAUUUUGGUUUACACAUUUCUUGUAGAAAGGUUGCAUUUAGUCACAUUUUCUUUUGUUUCAUAUUCCUGUCUUUAUUCAUUUUAGAGAAAACGAUAUUACCGCGGUGUUGGAUCACACUUUUUGUGUGGAACACAAUGCUUAUGGCGAGCUUAUCCAGCACGAACUGAAACCCAACGGGAAAAGUAUACCAGUCACAGAAGACAGCAAAAAGGAAUACGUCAGGUAACUCCGGUGUUCUGCUUCCCAUAUACUACGUCAAGAGGGCUUUUCACUUAAAGGACCACUAUAAACAUACUCGUUUUCCUGGCACUAUAGAGCCCUGAGGGUGCCCCCACCCUCAGGGUCCCCCUCCCGCCGGGCUGGUUGGAGGGGAAGGGGUUAAACUUACCUCUUUUUCCAGCGCCGGGCGGGGAGCUCUCCUCCCUCUUCUCCUCCUCUUCCGCUGAAUGUGCAUGCGCGGCAAUUCCUACUGGAUUAACCCUAACAUAAACAUAGCAGUUUCUUUGAAACUGCUAUGUUUAUAGAAAAAAGGGUUAACCCUAGAUGGACCGGGCACCCAGACCACUUCAUUAAGCUGAAGUGGUCUGGGUGCCUAUAGUGGUCCUUUAACUCCAAAUUGUAGUGAAAUUAAAUCUAAAUGACACAAUUACACCUAAAAUAGCCAAGCUGUGACUACUAGGGAUUUCAAUAGCUUCUCCAAAUCGGCUGUGCUAGUCUGUGUUUGGUAAUUCAGAUUCCAGCUUGCCACAAUUCAGAGCUUUGUGAACACCCCUGUCAGAAUGAGAAUUAUGUUUACGCGUUUAUGGUCAAUUAACGGAGUGAGGCAGAAUGGUAUUGGUCCACGUGAUGGAAAUUUAUUUUGAUUCCCAGUUUAUAGUCCAUUAAAUAUUAAUAAUCAAAUAUAUGGCUAAACUAAAAUUAGCAACUUCUAGUGUUCCUGUAAUAACCUCUGAGGUUGCAUCACGUGACAUAUUGUUUUGGGCAAUUGGUGAGAAUUUAAAUCAUCUACCAUGUCACGAUCAUCCAGGUUUUUAUAAUGUUUGUUUAAAUCUGUUACAGAAAAUUGUGUAAAAAAGUGAAAAUAUAUAUUUAUACCAUAACUCCUUAGGCAAUAGUCCUUUGGAUGGAACUGUAAAAGGAGACUGAUUUGUCAUCUACUGAGAUGGCACACUUAAUAUGCCCACUCUACGGAGUGUUAGAAUUGGCAAAUCAACCAAGUGUCGCUGCAGCGUUCAUUAUCACCCAUAUAUAGAGGAAGGGAUUUUAGAGUGGGCACUGACCCUGGCACCCCACAUCUAGGGUGUCAAUGUGAGGCAGAGAGGGAACAAAAUGGCUAUUUAGCUCCAAAGUGUGUCGGUCUUAUAAACUGAGCAAAUGUUUGCUUCUAUGCCUGGUGUAAAUCAACAGAAAGGUCUUUGGUGAUCCAUGUGCAAUGUAGCCAUCUAUUGCCUUAGUUCUUACUGUGAAGUGAAAUGGAGGGGUACUUCCUGGCAUUUGCUUAGAAAGUAUAUGCAGCUACCCGGGAAGUCUAUUUAGUCCUAUCAGGAAGAGAACACACUGGAAUAUUUGUUAUGUGGAUAAAAUGCUUGCUGGUUGAAACGCUGCCAUUAUCUUGUGAUCCCAGGUUGUACGUGAACUGGAGGUUCUUACGAGGUAUAGAGGCGCAGUUUCUGGCGUUGCAGAAAGGAUUUAAUGAAGUAAUUCCUCAACAUCUGCUGAAAACGUUUGAUGAAAAAGAACUUGAGGUCAGUCUAUUAACUCAAUGUGGCCCCCAAGGGAAAUUCAUUUUCUAAAGAGGGAUUAGAAGAGUAUUGAGGUUGUCACCUAGUGUCUUAGGGGCGAGGACGUUUGAGGGGCUUGUUUGAAUAAGGUACAUCCAUUCGGCAUGUGUAAAGAUUAUUAUUAUUAUUAUUAUUAUUAUAUUUUUAUUAUAUAAGGGCAUUCGAAGGCCAUGUUUUAAUAACUGAUACCUGACCUGUGCCAUCUUGCCGGGUUUUCAUUAUUUAAUUUGUUUUGCAGCUGAUUAUCUGUGGACUUGGAAAAAUCGAUGUUAAUGACUGGAAAUCAAACACCCGGUUAAAACACUGUACGCCAGACAGUAACAUUGUCAAGUGGUUCUGGAAAGCAGUGGAAUCUUUCGAUGAGGAGAGGAGAGCGCGUCUACUCCAGUUUGUAACUGGUUCUUCUAGAGUUCCCCUCCAAGGGUUCAAAGCAUUACAAGGUGCAACACCAGUAUAUUCAAGGAAUAUGUGUACAGAAUAGGGUCAUUCAGAUACUGUCCCAUGGACCUUGUUAAAAACCCAGUUUGGCCGUUCAUGCCCAUUGCGGAUGUUGUAGAUAAGACCUAUUGUGUGCUAGCAAGAUGGAAGGUGAUGUAUUUGUUGUUGGUACAGGUCAGCCCCAUUCAGUCUUUGGUUCAGUUGUAGAUUUCUCUUUUAUGGUGAUCUUAUACCGCCCAUUUCUUAAACAAAAUCGCUACUUGCAAUUAUUUAGUUCAGGAGGCUAUGCACUAGUUAAAGGGACACUAGUCCCCAAAACAACUUUAGCUGAAUUAAUCGUUUUUUCUAUGUAGAUCAUUGCCUCUGACAUUUCACUGUUCAAUUCUCUGCCAUUUAGGAGUGAAAUCACUUUUGUUUCUGUUUAUGCCCUGGCCACACCUCCCCUGGCUGUGACUGCCACAGCCUGCGUGAAAACAAAAUGGUUUCAUUUUCAAUGUAAUGUACUUUAAAGGUUUUUAUCUCCUGCUCUGUAAUUUGAACUGUAAUCACACACAGGACGUUCUUGCAUGGUCUAGCAAGCUAUUAGCAGAGUAGUAUAUACAAAAUUCUAAAUUAAACCAUUUGCAAUAAAGGAAGUGUAAACAUUAGAUCUCAUGUUAAAGGAAGUGGUUAAGAAAACUCUGUAAGUCACAUGCAGAGAGGUGUGCCUAGGGCUGCAAUAAACAAUGUAAUUUAACUCCUAGAUGGCAGAGAUUCAAGCAGUUAGACAGCAGGAGCAUGAUCUAUACACCAAAACUACUUCAUUAAGCUACAGUUUUGGUGACUAGUGUACCUUUAAUAUCCACAUCCAUUCAUGCCCUUUUCAACUAAACACUACCUUAAGGAAAGGUUUGCAGUCACCAUAAAAAGUGGACUGUUCCUCCAGCAGAAACUUCCACUUAUUGCACAUUGUUACCCAUAAAUCCUUCUAUCAGGAAAUCAAUCCUACACUAGCUAUAUAUAAGUUUCAGGCCUCUACCAGACUCUCUUAAUUCCCUUUUAAAAAAACAUUUUUAGCUCCGCUUAUAUUUUUUCUAUUAUAUUCCCAGGUGCAGCCGGUCCGAGGCUCUUUACCAUCCAUCAGAUUGAUGCCAAUACAAACAAUCUCCCCAAAGCUCAUACGUGGUAAGAUUUUCUUAAGGUAGAUUGUUUCAAAACAAGGGCCAUUUGGCUUCUUAAAGACUGAGUCUGCUUAGGGCUAAAGAAAGAAUAUAAAUUGCAGUGGGAGGGGCAGCUGUGUUUUUGGAACAGGCUUAAAUCGAAGUUCUUUUUAUUGACAGCUUCAACCGCAUUGACAUUCCACCGUACGAGAACUACGACAAGCUGUACGAAAAACUCCUCACAGCCAUCGAAGAAACCUGUGGAUUUGCAGUGGAAUGAUGAAGACUUAUUAACAAGCCGCUGUCACUCUGCGUCCUGAUACUUCAGGUGCCCUAACAUGGAUUUAGCCUUGCGUGGGACCCUGUGAUCGAGAAGAGGAACUGACUGUAACGAGAAAAAAAUGUGUAUGUGUUUUGUAUAUAUAUAUUGUGAUAUAUACCUAUGUAUAUUUAAAUGAUAUAUAUUAUAAUAUAUAUUAUAAUAUUAUACACAUUUCUUUCAUCAUGAGAAAAAGUCGUUCUGUGCUUGCGACUUAGCUGCUAUUUAAAACAAAUAUCUUGAACUAUGUAGAGGAUGCUGACUUUGUACGGAGAAGCAGCGUUCAACAGAUAAAGACUACUAUUUUUUUAUAAGAAAAGGGACGUUUAUUACAUUCCCUGUUACCGGACACUACACGAAGAAGAUUUUGUCAUCGGUACAAGUUUGGCCACCUGGGUUUGUCUUUUCUCUCUACUGGUGGAAAAUCUAGAGACAGGCAGGACAGUGGAUUUAGUCACUAGCAUGACUACCAGAAGAGAGACCGUCUGUUGUGCGUAUAUACCACAUGUGGCUGUUGCCAAAGAUAGAUCUUAUAAGGUAUCUGUCACUGGCUUGGCUAUGGCCAGAAAAAGACAGCCUGGAGUUGUCUUUCCCGCACAUAACUUCCAGCGCUAUCUGUCCAAAAUGUCACUUCUGGCGGGGAGGCAGCCCAAUGGCGUUUGACAACACGUCCACAGGCAAGUUGGUGGGCAACUGUGGGCUGUCUUUUUCUUUUUUGUUUUAUAGGACAUGGCCAGCAGCAGCAAGGGCAGGCAGACAUCCCGUGGUAUUAGUCAUAGGUGUGGCCACUGGCAGAUAAUAAAAACCACAUGGGAGGUGUCCAACCAUUGUAUCUGCUGGUCCGUCCCCUCUGUUGUAGGAGAGCUCUUCUUCUGUGAUGUCACAAGUCACUGACUGUUCGGAGUGGAGUUUGACCCCAGAGCAUUUUUCAAGUAGAGGAUAUGAACAGAUAAGAUCUCCCAUCCGCUAGUGGUCUUUUGUUUCACCUAUACACCACUCAUGUUUUUAUUAAUAUAUUUCAAAUUCUUAUUCCAAAUGAAAUAAUUUAAUGCUCUAUAUGCCUUUUUUUUUUUUUUUUAAAUAUUCCAGCUAUCCUUGUAAAGGUUAUUUGUGUUUUUAUAAUUUAAACAAGUUACUUUCUACAAAAAGUUUGUUCAUAACACAUUUUUCAUAACCGCUAAAAACACUUUAUGUAAAUGAAACGUCUAACCACUGAUAUCGUAUCUUUUACUGUGUAAUAACCUGUUUUGCAACAAUCGCCAUAUUUUGCUACUAACAAUUAUAUUUAGUAUGGUUUUUCAGACAAGCUGGAGAUGUUUUAGAGCAAACUGGACAUAUAGUUCAGGCUGAAAGCUUUAUCCGAUUUCCUACCUCCUCUCUUUCAUCCGGUCCUGGUCUUUAUUCUUUGUAAAUAGAAUUUUUUAAAAAUUUUAAAGGAAUUUUCUAUGAAAAUUCUGUACAGAUCUGUGUAGGCCGGGUUUCAUUUCAAUGUUUUUGGGACAAUCUUUAAAUCCCAUGGUCAACUAAGUGCGCCUUUCCUGUUUAAAACAGUCUUGCGUAUCAGUUAUUGAUGUUGGGUCCAUUGUGUAGGGAGAGAGUGAAGUUACAGCAGCCAUAGCUCAACAAUGCCAGGGAUGUCUGUUUACGUCCACAAUUUUAGAAUGAGCAGGACAAUAGCCACCGUGUCUAGUAAUUAAAGCGCAACUCCCAGGAAGAAAAAAAAUGGACAUACAUCUUUAAAAGUAAUUACACACUCACUAUCUGUAAUGACAAGAGGGAAGCUAGUAAUGAGGUAUUGGUGGUAGAAGAUGGAAUAGUAUAUGCCCAAUUAAAACCCACCUGAGCCUUUUGUGGUUAGCUAGCAUAUUGUUGACAGAGACCGCAAAAUGUUUGGUAUCCACUGCAGAGAUGAGAGCUAUUGCUACAGUAGAGGUUGCGGCUACAUGUUUAUAGAAAUGCAUUAUAGACAUUCCUGGAUUACAGACUACCUGACCUGCAACUAAACUAACUCCUGUUUAUAUGAUUUACUUAUGCUUCAAGUCAACCGUAGAAACCAUCUCUUGCUGAUCUCGAAGCCUGCCACCAUUCUCUUAAAAUCUCUACAUGUAUCUGAAUUAUUGAACCUGGAAAGGUUUAGCUCCCAACAGGCAAUAAAACAUGUAUUUGAAACAAACAUCACUUUGGAAACCACUAGAGGGCGACACUAGCAGUUUGUUGCUUAUUCUCACUGUUUAACCAGUGGUGUUCACUGGGUCCUGCUGUUGGCUCAAUUGUUUGCAUUAUUCUACCUUGUAUAUACCAGCUUUUGACCCAGUCCAAACUGCAAUCCAUAGUGUGUGUGCACAUGAAACACAGCUCAGUCUUUUUUUUUUUUUUUUGGGAUACCACAGGGCUAUCAAUGGAUGUAGGGCUAUGUCUGGCAGCUGUAGAGUUAAGACUAUGCCCCUUAAUCUCUGAGUCUGCCAUCUAAGGGUUAACUGACCUCAGAGUGCCUCAUGUCUACCCUCGAAACUGCGCUGUAGCAAAUCCAUUCCACACAAUUAACCCCUUUCAUUGCCUCUGAAUCCCACUGGCAGUGAGGCAGUUAACUGGCUUUUUAUUAACUGCAUUUAAUAUCCCAGGACAGUAAUCUGAUUCCCCCCUCACUAACCUGGCAACACCAGCAUGUUGUGUAACAUCAUGUAAUAUGAUGGAAAAACUGCUUCAAUUUAUAGCUGAUUAAACAAAUGUGUAUUUUCCAAAAA